GCAGCUAACAUUAUCUAGCAAUACAGACAUGCCACAGAAAGACCCGUGUCAGAAACAAGCAUGUUCCAUUCAAAAAUGCUUACAAGCUAACAAAUACGUGGAGCGCUUGUGUGAGGAUGUGAUCCGAGAGAUGCGGCGGUGCUGUGAGGCUCAGGCCGGGAACUCCGUCUGCUGCUCCGGGUUCCGAGAAUCCAAGCUGGCGGAGAACAAGAGCAAGAAGACAGAACAUCUAAAUUAAAGGAAGCAUCGAGGAAAAAUCAGCAUUGCAUCAAUGCUGAUGGUCUAUAUAUUCUACAGUAUUUAUAUUAUAACUU